GGAACAGCAAUGGCAGGAAUUUCUGGGAAUAAUCUGGAAGGUGCGGGAUAUUUUCAUUCUAAAGAGGAACAAAAAUUCUAGGGGGAGAAAGAGGCGACCAUGGCUGACGAGGAAAGUCAAGGACAGUUUAAAGCUAAAAGAGAAGGCGUAUUACAUAGCAUUUAUUUCAAGAAGAGGGAUGUAAUGCUGAGGCUCUAUAAGGCACUGGUAAAUCUGCAUAUGGAAUAUUGUGAGCACCAUAUCUGAGGAAGGAUGUACUGGCUCUGGACAAGGUCCAGAGAUUUACAAGAAUGAUCCCAGGAAUGAGUAGGUAAACCUAUAAUGAGCGUUUGUCAGAACUGGGCCUGGACUCGCUAGAGUUUAGAACAAUGAUGGGGGGGACUCAUUGAAACGUACAGAAUAGUGAAAGGCUUAGAUAGAGUGGAUUUGGGGAGGAUUUUUCCAUUAGUGGGAGAGUCUAGGUCAUAGCUUCAGAAUUAAAGGACGUUAUUGUAGGAAGGAUAUGAGGAGAAGGUGGUGAAUCUGUGGAAUUCUUUUCUGUAGGCUGUGGAGGCCAAGUUAGUGGAUAUUUUAAAGGCAGAGAUAGUUAUUGAUUAGUACAGGUGUCAGAGGUUAUGGGGAGAAGCCAGGAGAAUCAGGAUCAGAUUUUAUUCGCCAAGUAUGUUUUGCAACAUACGAGGAAUUUCACUGGCCAGGUCAGUCAUACAAUUAAAAGCAAAAGACUCAAAAACACAUUUUAACAUGAACAUCCACCACAGUGACUCCUACACAUUCCUCACUGUGAUGGAAGGCGAAAUAAAGUUCAAGUCCUUCCUUUUGUUCUUCCUUGGUCGGUGACCUCAAGCUCUCCGUUGAUGGGACGGUCUUGACUCCCGUAGCUGGCGGCGUCGACCCUCCGCGUCGAGGCAUUCAGCUCCUGCAUUGGGGGGUUGUCAGCUCCACCGCGCCAGGCGAUCGAACCUCGCGUCGGGGCUGGUCAAACCUUCUGCGGCGUUGGAGCUCCCGACUAGCCUCUCCCGAGACUGCGAGCCCUUGAUGUGUACAUGUUUGUCAGUUUCACGGAAAUGGCUCGUGCUGGGCACUUCGGCAGGUGGACUUCAUGUCAUUCAGAAGGAAGGCUGGAAGCAGAGAAUCAUGUUAACUCAUAAGGAAGGAGCACUGACUUGUAUUGCUUGCUGUCAGCUUGAUGAAGACUAUGUCGCUGUAUCAACUAGCCAAGGUCAUGUGAUUGUAUGGGAACUUCAUCAAGAACGACGUGGAAAACCUGAGAGAAUUAAUGUGUCAUCAGAGCACAAAGGUAGACAAAUCACUGACCUCUGCUGGGAUACAGCUGCUCUCAGGAUCUUUGCGGGAGACAAUUUUGGAAAAGUUUCCGUCCUGAAAGUUAAUUCCUCUAAACAGGGAAAGGCUGCUGCAUUUGUGAUGUUUCCAGUUCAGGUGAUUACAACAGUGGACUCACGAGUGGUGCAGCUUGAUUACCUGGAGGGCAGAUUGCUGAUCUCCUCUCUCACUCGUUGCUAUCUAUGUGACACAGAGAGAGAGAAGUUCUGGAAAAUUGGGAAUAAGGAGCGAGAUGGAGAAUUUGGAGCUUGUUUCUUACUAGGGACAAAGAGUGCUGGAAGCCCACACCCGUUCAUCUUCUGCGCACGCCCUGGUUCACGGAUGUGGGAGGUGAACUUUGAAGGAGAGGUGCUGAGCACACACCAAUUCAAACAGUUAUUGGGAACACCUCCACUUCCCAUUGUCUCUCUCAGAUGUGAGCUGCAAUACAACAUGACUUCCUCUUCUCCACAAUCUCUCUCUUUUCCCAGACUCUUGUGUUUAAGUGAGAAUUAUGUUCUGAGCUGGACAGACCGAGGGAUAUAUGUAUUUAUUCCGCAGAGUGUUCAGGUGCUUUUCUGGAGUGAGCUGAAAGAUGUUCAAAAUGUGACCAUCUUCAAAAACAAACUGUUCUGUCUGCAUGGUGAUGGGCGGAUAACUCACAUGUGUCUACUGUCAGGGGAGCGAUGUAUCGAACGUCUACUACGGCAGGAGAUGUGGACUCUAGCUACACAAGUUUGUUGCCUCUUCCAGCAUUCCAUUAUUCAGAGCAGGACCCGUAAACUGUUGUCCAUAGAUAGAUUGGAACAUCUGAAGACACAGCUGGAUUCAGCCACACAGAGCCACCUCGUUACCCACUUAGAGGAAAUUUUGCUGAAGCUGGAACCCUUUGACUCAGCCUGUAGCAGUCGCAGGAGCAGCUUUUCUUCUCACGAGAGUUUUAAUAUCUUGGAUUCUGGUAUUUAUCGUGUAAUUAGUCGUCGAGGCAGUCAAUCAGAUGAGGACUCUGGUUCAUUGCAUAGCCACCUGUCGGAAGAGGAGAGGUUGCGGGAAUUUUCUUUGGUACAGGAGGAAGAGCAAGGAGAGCAGGACAAUGUCUCCCAUUCUUUCCUGAAUAUUGAAGGUGAUCGGAGUGAGACACUGAUUCCAUUCCAUCUUCCAUUGUCAUUCCGUUCCACAGCAUCACGAGUGUCUUUACAAGCUGUGAAGGAAAGUGUCUCCAGUUUUGUCAGAAAAACGAAAGAAACUAUCAGCACACUUCAUCCCAAUUCUGACUCCAGAUUCAAACAGGAAAUGAAAAAUGAUGAUCCACAGUUUGAGAUUCAGAUUACUCCAGUAACAAAUUCACCUCUGCUUGAGCAAAAAAUCAGAAUUGUUGACAUUUCGCAAGAGAAGGACAGACUGCAGGAUUUGCGACAAGCAACAAAAGAAACUCUAGUUAAGUUACAGGAUCCUCUUGUCUUGUUUGAGACCACACCUCUGAAGAAAACAAUGCGAUGCUGGCUACCACAUUUGGAAAAAAUAUUUCAGUACAAGAUGAAAACUAAAAUUGUGAAUGAUACUGCCACCUUGAAGGAGUCAACAGCAUAUAGCCAUCAAAACGAUGAGCAGGAUGAAUCAGUAACAGUUGAUUAUCAAGAGAAAUGUGAUGCAGAAACAUUUAGCCAUCGAGAGACGGCGGGGCCAGAAGCAGCCAGCCAUCAAGAGGAUGAGAAGUUAGAAACUUUCAGCCAUGUAGAGGGUGAAAAGGAACCAGCUACUCCAUUUCAAGAGGAGGAUGAGGGUGAGAAGGGAUCACCUGCACUCUAUACUGAAGAGGUGGAUAAACCAACUUCCCUUCCUGGCGAUGGAGAACAAGAAGUGGAUUUGGACUCGUCUGAGCACCAAGAGCAGAAGGAAAUCUCAGCACCAGUUGGCCAUCAGGAGCUGGAGGAGCAGUUAGUCCAAAACUCUGCAGAGAAAAUGGUGGAACAGAGAGAUGAUGUUAAGGACUCGGUGGUUGAUGAAAUACAGGUUUCAGCAGAUUUAUCCACAGUGCCCUUUGUGACGAUCCCUUCCUGCAGCAUACCAACAGAUCUCUUCAAGGACAUGGUGGAACUGACUACCUUGUGUUUUGAGCUGAGAAUAUUUCAAACUGUGCGUGAGGACACAUCCGAUGAAACUGAAUUAACUGUAAAUGAGAUUGAAACUCAGGCCUGUCUGUUCAUGCGCAAUUACUUCUUCCUGCUGGAUUUGACAAGGGUGAGACGCUGCAUCACCAUUUGCAACUGGGCCACUCCAAUGGUGUGGCAAACGUUUCUCCUGGGAUUAAAAGAGGUAACACAUUCAGACCCUAUUACCAAUACCAUUAAUGAUGGGGAACUGCGAAAAGUACGGAAGAUACUCAGUGAUGAACAGAGGAAAGGGAGUUCUUUUCUACUGGCACAUGCAGCGAGAAUUUACGAGAAAUUCGGUGAACUCGCAUUGAGAUCUCUUGUCCAGUUCUACCCUGACAUUCUCCCAUCUGACAUAAAGGAAUUGUGUAAUAAUCAACCAGGUCACUUCUUGGCAUACCUGGACGACCUGGUUAAAUCCAAGCCAGAGGACCAAAGAUUGGACCUGUUGGAGGCUAUCCUUCAGCCAAACUGUAGGAAAAUGGAAUGGCUGCAACUUGCUGUGUCUCAUGAUGCUCCUCAAAGAGCUGACACCACAGAUAUAGAUGAAAAUCCAAGGCCUCACUCUCAUCGAUUUACCUGGGGUUAUGCUCAACUAAUCAGUUACUUUAUUGAACUGCCGGGAGAUCUUGCAACAAAGGAAAACAUGUUGGACAUCUGCAGAUCUCAUGGAUUCUGGACUGGUUAUCUGUCACUCUGUCUGGAGCUGGAGCACAGAACUGAAGCUUACACUGUCAUUGUUUACCUUGAUGAUAUAAGUUUGCUUGACGCACAGAAUGGUAUAAUACCCAAAACCCUGGAGGAGUGGAAGUUUAUUCUGGAGCUAGUUCGGAAUCACCAUGGCAUUACUCACUGUGCUGCUUCACACAAUGGAGCCAAUGUCACCAAUGAUGAUACUGACUGGGCAAAUUGCAUCACUCUGGAAAACAUUGCUCUUCUCCUUGCAAAGACAGUUGGUCCGGACCAGGCACUCUCUUUGUUACAGGACAUCGAUCUGCACGGCAAGAUGUCACAGAGAUUUCUCAGGGUUUGUGACAUACUGAAGAUUGCAGAGAAAAGACAGAGGGCCCUAGUCCAGACCAUGCUGGAGCGAUGUGAUCGUUUCCUGUUGUCUCACCAAGCAUAAAGAAGUAUGCUGAAUGGAACCAAAGUUGCUUUAUGCCCAUCUCAAAUGUGCAGUGAUUUUGCUUUUCCUCUUGCAUUGUUCCUUUGAGAGAUCCAACUGGUGCUUGUUUGUCAGAGGCUUGUAUUGAAAUAUACCAUUUAUUUUGCCUUAAGAAUUGACAGAAAACGAGUAAUAUGUUCAUUAGGAUCAAAAUCUCGAUGCAUGAUGCAAUACGAUUUUUUUUACAUGACAUAUCAUGUUGACCAGAACUAAUUGCAUUCCCAUUUUUUAAAGUCUAGUGAGAGAAAGGUUGUCAAAUUUUAUGAAUUAAAUGCUUAGUUUACCCUCU